AUGGAGGAGAUAGGUUUUCCUGACAGAUUUAUCAAAUGGAUAAUGGAAUGCGUCAAGACAGUAAACUACACUGUCCUUGUGAAUGGAGAAACUACUGAGCAUUUCAAUGCUACUAAAGGUCUUCGACAAGGAGAUCAUAUUUUUCUCUUUCUAUUUGCAAAUGUGAUGGAGUACUUGAGUAGAUCCCUCAAUGAACUUAAGAAGGAGCCUACAUUUCAAUACCACCCCAGAUGCAGGAAAUUAGACAUAACUCAUAUGAGUUUUUCUGAUGAUCUAUUGCUGUUUGCCAAGGGUAACCUAUCCUCAGUGACUACAUUAUACAAAUACUUCUCUCAGUUCUCUGACGCAUCAGGUUUGAACAAGAUCAUAGCCAAGAUCUCCUCAUGGACUGCUAAAAAGCUAUCCUAUGAUGGUCGUGUGCAGCUGGUGCAAUCUGUUAUAUUUGGUAUCCAAGCCUACUGGGCUCAACUAUUCAUCUUACCUGCUAAGGUUUUGAAAAUGAUUGGCAUUCUGCAGAAGCUAUAUUUGCAACAACUCCAGCACAUGCCAAUCCCACAACAAGCUAGUUGGAUGGUGAGAAGAAUAAUUGGAUCAAGAGGUACCAUGUUGCAGGCUCAGAAUUCCAGUGAUCAUAAUACUAGUAGUAUCAGGCAAAUAUACUUACAGUUGCUAGGAGAAUUACCAAGAGUAAGCUGGAAAUGUCUAGUUUUUCAGAAUUCUGCUAGACCAAAAGCAGUAUUCACUAUGUGGCUGCUAUUGCACGGAAGGUUUCCUACUAAAGACAGACUAACUAACUGGGGAUUAAAUGUCACUCCUCACUGUGUUAUGUGCCAGGGUCAGAGUGAAACAAUGGAGCAUCUGUUAGUGCAAUGUUCAUAUGCAAUAGUGCUACUGAAGAAAAUUAUGAAAUGGGUUCAAGGAGGCCAAAUGAUUACAUCUUGUUGGGACCAACACCUUCAGUGGAUCAUCAAGCAAGGUAAAGGAAAGUCCAACAAGGCUAGCAUAUUCAGAAUGAUCUAUGCUGAAACCUCAUAUGCACUAUGGAUUGAAAGGAACACACGUACAUUUCAGCAAAGAUAUCGUGACAGUGCUGUUUGGGAAAGAGAAAUAGCAUAUAUUUGCAAUAUUAGAGUAGCGGCUCGAGCUAAGAGUCAUAUACAACAAUUUCUUAUAGAGGAGUAG